CUAUAAAGAAGAAGAAGAAUAAACUUAAAAUUCAGGAAUUAUGAUUCAUCGGUGAUGUCAUAAGUGUUUAAUAUUAUUAUUUCUGACGAUCUUUUUGUUUUUGUUGUUAAGAACAAAGUAGUUGAUACUUGUUAACUAGUAAAGUUACAAUUGAUUGAAAAAUUUCAGUUUUGUAAACCUACGACAAAUUUGGUAGUUAACUUGCAUCAGAUAUCAUAUUUGUUGAAAGAUUUUGACAAGAUUUGUAUGGAAAUACCUGACUUUUACUACUACUUCCUAUUGAGUCUAGUUCUUUUGCCUGUAUAUUUAUUCUUUAACUUGUGGAGUUGGUUGGGCUGGGAGUUGUUCGUGAACAACUAAUAUGAGUCAGUUUAGUGGAGAAGAUUCGAAAGCCUCCAUAAACAACAUGAAGCGUAACCUAACCCUGGAUUUCAACCAGAAAAAGAACCUGACCUUGCCUCUGUCGAACGCCGGAGUUCUGUCAUCUCCUGAUCUGAACAUGCUCAAGGUAGGCACCCCAGAGUUGGAAAACAUGAUCCUCGCCAACGGAAUGGGAAGUACACCAACUCCCUCCCUUUUGUUUCCCCGUGCCGUGACAGCGGAACAAGAGAGUUUUGUAGGCGGUUUUGUUGAAGCUCUUAGUCAUUUACACAACAGCAACUCCCAGCAAGGGUCCGAUAGUAACAGCAGUACCAUCUACAAUGAUUCUUUCAUUCCACAAAUCAAAGAAGAGCCUCAAACUGUUCCGAAUGUCAUACACAGCCCUCCCUUGUCCCCGGUUGAUAUGGAAUAUCAGGAACGAAUGAAGCUGGAGAGGAAAAGGCAAAGGAAUCGCUUGGCAGCUUCCAAGUGCAGGUCACGAAAAUUGGAACGAAUCUCCAAAUUGGAAGACAAAGUGAAAAUUUUGAAGAGCGAAAAUGUUGAGCUGGGGUCUAUUGUGAAUCAGCUCAAAGAAACUGUGGGGCUUCUUAAAUUGGAAGUUCUUGAGCAUAAUAAAGCUGGGUGCCCAAUUAUUCCUUAUUGAUUCGAAGAAUAUAUGAGAGGUUAUGCAAUUGUAUUAUGAACUUGCAAUUUUGUAAAAUUGAAUUUGUUUUGUCAGAUACUGAAAACUCCCAUGAAGAGUAUUUUCAACUUUCUACUGCUCAUCAGGUGUCUCCUAUUUACUUGUUAUAUGAACUCACCUUUGUUGAAAAAGUGAUAUCAAUAUUAUUUUGCUUUUAUAUUAUAUUUAUUAGCCUUAAGAAACAAAUAAUUAUAUUUAUAUUUAUCUAAUGUACAUGUAUUUUUAAUUCUGAGUGAUUCAGAAAUAUAUUCAAUAAAAAUA